UCCUGAAGCAAUUUAAAUAAGUACUGAUUUAAUAUUAAACAUUAUAGAGGAAGAAAGGAAAUAUAAAAUCAUUGGAAAAUAAUAAGUAUACUGAAAAAGAAAAAGAUUUAUACAAUGUUGAUUCAACAAGGGGCAAGAAAUUCUUACAAUUUAGGAAUUUCGUUAAAACUUUUUUAUUUUUCAUUUAUAUUUCUACUUCUACUGGAAGUAAGUAAGACUCAAGAUGCAGAUUGUGACUUCUACCAGUAUAUAGUGCCUGGGGCAAAUUAUUACAUUUACAAUCCUCCGUAUCCAAACCUUUCUGUUGGACCCAAAUAUUGCAAAUUUAAGGCCGAGUCCCCUCCAGAUUCUCGAAUUACGCUUAAUUGUUCCGAUAUAGCUAUACCACAAUCGCUACUGUGUGUGAGUCAAUAUUUAAGUAUUAAUACAAAUCCUUCUAAUCCAUUAAAUCUGCCAUCGCGUUUUUGUGGAUAUGGAUCAUUUGACAUGCAGUCAGUUAGAAAUUUGAUGACAGUUGUAUUUCGUAUUUUGCCAAGAGGCGUAGAAGCAAGGUUUUUAUGCACUGUAACUGCCUCUUAUGAAGAUUAAUGGACACCUAAUAUUUUGAACAUAAAAAUACUUUCUAAAACGUAUCAUAAUUAUGACUUAGAAUUAUAGAAUUAAAUAUACAAGUGAUUUAUUAAUGUAUCGUAGACGACAAUUUAAAUUUGUUUAAAAAUUUACGUAUUCUUUUUUUUUAUAACAAAUAUAAAUUUUAAAAUUAAACUAUUAAUAAUA